UCGGCUGGCACACUCCGUUGUCAGUUGUCAUCGUUCAAGUGUCAAGAGAAUUACAUCGCUUCCUCCAGGUUGAAAUGGCGGGUGUGGGUAAACGUACAGUGCUGGCGCUGCUGAGUUUCCAAGCCGUGCUGAUCGUGCUGGCGUGUGUGCUGCUCCGCUACGAUAAGUCUGCAGCUGCUGAUGCCACCUUUUCCAACAAUGAGGAGGCUAAGGACACGUUCAGGAAGUAUUCCAUGUUUCAGGAUGUCCACGUGAUGGUCUUCAUUGGUUUCGGGUUCCUGAUGACGUUCCUCCGCAAGUACGGAUUCAGUUCUGUAGGAUUCAACUUUCUGCUGUCUGCCGUCAUCGUGCAAUGGUCGCUCUUCACCGACGGGGUCUUCGAGCUGGGGCGGGAUCGCUCAACAAUCCCUGUAACACUGAAGAGCUUGCUCCGUGCUGACGUCACUGCAGCAUCUUGCCUCAUUUCCAUGGGCGCUGUUCUGGGCAAGACGACGCCCUUACAGCUGAUCAUCAUGGGAAUACUGCAAUGCAUACUAUCCUCCGUGAACGAAUACUUCGCACAUCACAAACUGCAGGUGACAGAUGUUGGAGACUCGAUUUUCGUCCAUGCGUUUGGAGCCUACUUCGGCCUAGCGGUCAGCCUGGUCUUGGGGAAACCUAAACACCAUUCCUCCUUUGAGGGAUCAUCAUACAACUCAGACAUGUUCGCCAUGAUCGGUUCCGUAUUCCUGUGGGUUUGCUGGCCCAGCUUCAACAGCGCGGGUCUGGACGGAGCUGCUCAACAACGUGCUGUCAUCAACACCUACCUCUCAUUGGCCGCAUCAUGUGUCGUGGCGUACGCUCUUUCGGCGCUCACCAGCCGCAAGCACAAGUUCAACAUGGUGCACAUCCAAAAUGCCACUCUAGCUGGAGGUGUCGCCAUAGGCACUUCUGCCAACCUAAUGGUGCAACCCUUCGGAGCUAUGAUGGUUGGCAGUAUUGCCGGUGUAUUAUCUGUCAUAGGCUUCCAGUACAUUCAGCCCAAACUACUAGAGAAACUAGGGGUCCAUGACACAUGUGGUGUACAUAACUUGCACGGCAUGCCGGGAGUGUUGGCAGCGGUGGUGGGAGCCUAUAUGGCAUUCUUGGCAUCAGUAGAGGAUUAUGGGUACAACCUGUACGUAGUCUUCCCCGCCCGUGUGCCACUGGACGGCGUGGAGGUCCAGCAUGCUCAGCAAGCUGAUGUAGACUUGAUGCCCAACGUUGGCCGCAGUGCUACAGAACAAGCCGGCUAUCAGCUGCUGGCCGUGGCUGUUAGUGUGGUAGUCGCUGUGGUGGGAGGUGCAGUCACUGGUACUAUUUUGAAGACUCUAGUACCCAGAACUGGUAAAGUCAACGAGGAGUGUUUCUUCGACGACGCCGAACAUUGGGAGUUGGAAGGGGAAGAAGAGGAAGAAGACAACAAAGUGCACGAGAUACACGAACAGGUGGCUGACGAAAAGUGCUGAUAAACAGUAAUGUGAAGAUCCAAGAAACUAUAAAAGAUAUAGUGAAAAUAUAUAAACAAAAAUUAAUGAGUUUGAAAAUUAAGUGUCACAAAUGGUUUAAUGGAAAAUAAACAGGUCAU